CAAAAGAAAUCUCUUUCAGUCUUCUUGGAACCUUUUCCUUUGUCUCAGAGCCCCCCUUGUUAUAAUAACCCCUUACUCUGGAGAUAGGGCUGGACUUGGUACUGGCUGAUUACCAUGGUUAGCCCAGCAACUGGACUAAGGCAACUGGUGUUGUGAUGUCGCGUGAGAAUGUCACUGGCAAAUGCUGAGGUGGUGUCACACUCCAGAGUUGACAGAUACUAUCAUCAUGAAGGGAGAGACUUGCCAGUGGUCCAGCGUUUUGGUUCCUAACUGAGGUCUCAUUGAGCAUCAGGGCUGCAUUGCUUUUGUUCCUUUGGCAUAGAAGAGCAACAAAUGAUUCCAUUCAGAGCACCUUGGCUUCUCGGAACAUUAGGUUGUUACGAUUGCUGUGUCCGCUGUCUCGGGGGAGUGCCGUAUGUAUCCCUGGUAGCCACACUGCUAUGCUUUUCGGGCGUGGCGCUCUUCUGUGGCUGUGGGCACCAGGCCCUGGCACAGACGGAAACAUUGAUCGAGACUUACUUCAGCCGCAAUUCCGAUGACCACGCCAACUUGUUUACUUUUAUUGAGUACUUCCAGUAUGUCAUCUACGGUUUGGCCGCUUUCUUCUUCUUGUACUGCAUCCUUCUGCUGGCGGAAGGUUUCUACACCACCAGUGCAGUAAAGCAGACUUUCGGAGAGUUCAGAAGCACCCAAUGCAGCCGAUGCCUCAGCACUACGUUUGUCGUGGUGACAUACAUACUGGCUGUUGUCUGGCUGAUUAUCUUUGUCUGCUCAGCGCUGCCUGUCUACUUCUUUUACAACAUGUCCUAUACAUGCCACACGAUUAACAUUCUCUCUGAGACGACGGCAAGCAUUACCCAGCAUGCUUGGGUGUGCAUUGAUGCCAGGCAAUAUGGACUUUUGCCCUGGAAUACAGUGCCUGGGAAGUUGUGUGGAUCGACUCUGACAUCAACUUGUAAGACUAGUGAGUUCUUCGUGACAUAUGAUUUAUAUGUAGCUGCAUUUGCGGGUGCUGGGAUCACUCUUCUAGCUAUGUUCGUGUACGUGAUCUCCACCACCUAUAACUUCGCAGUGUUGAGGUUCCUGGGCAGGAAAGGCAUACGGUGUUAGGCCCGUCACUCCUGCUGUACUGCAAGUCCUGCCACAUUCUCCACGGCAACCAUCCAGGAACCUCAUGAAAUUCCUGCAUGUCUCCUGCUUUAAAACUACUUUAAAGUGACACCACAAAAUGAUUAUUUACUUGAAGGGCUCCUAGGAUUGAAAAGUAAUACAGUUAUAUUUUGAACAGCAGUAUAAGAAAUAUAUAACUGUUCAUUCCUGUAUAAUAUCAACCUCAUAAUUUUCAGUGGAUUCUUGCUUUGCUGUUGUUAAUUGCUUUAAACAUCUGCUUUUUUGGUCUGUUGCCGUGAGGUAAUGUUUCCUUCCUUAUUCGGUAUUUACCGUGUUUUGAACAAUAUUUUAAGUGGCUAGUUAGCAGUGAAAUUUGCCUCUUCCUUUAAUGAUAUAUCAUGAUUAUUAAAAUAGCUUAAAAAAGCAUAUUUUUACAAAAAAUUGAUUGGAUUGACCAUGAAGCCUGAGAAAUGGUUAUCACAAUUAUAUGUUGAACAAAGAUGACAGCCACGUUUUUCAAACCCUAGGUAUCUCCUACAGGUAUGUGGUUAGGACAAUGGAGAAAAACAAAUUAAUUUUGUAGAGGACAAACCUCUAAAAAUAUUUUGCAAAGAUCCAUAAAUGUUUUCAUUCCGUGUGCAAAGACCCUGCAUAGCCAUAAACUUUACUUAGAUAAACAGAUCAGAUAGUUAGAUUAAAUAAAUAAAUGUAACUCCCCAUGACUAACACCAGGAUAAUCAUUUGGAGGAUGGAUGGAAAAUGGGUAAUUAAAUCUAUUAAGGCUCUUCACAUUGAUACUCCAGUUGUAACCACAGUGGAAGAGGAUGAGUUGAGGAGGAGAAUGAUAGCAGCUUUUUGGUGCUCUCUAAAUGCAAAGAACACACUCAAAAAAACUGUCUUUUAGGACUUGAAGUCAAAUCAAAACUCUUUAUAGCAUCAUCUGCCUUUUGCAUCUGCAGUGUAACUAAUAGUUGUAAAAUGAAUGAUUUGACUGGCAAUCUGGGGUCUGCAGUGCCCUGGGGGUCAGCAACAGGGGGCCCGCAGAGACGUUUCAUAGACAGAGUGUUGGUGUUAUCAUCCAAUUCAUACAAUGCAAAAAAAAAGAUAUCACAGGGAGACCCACCCCAGAGGAAGGAUUACUGAGGUCCCCCACUGCUCCCAGUUGUUAGUUCUUUACUUACUGACAUGAUCAAGCAUUCAUGAUAGAGGUUCCUCUGCUUUAGUACAAUAUAUUUAAACACAGUGUUAGACACUAUAAUAUAUAGAGGUAUUUGGCAUAAUUAAUGUAAACUCAUUGAUAAUCUGUUAUGUACUAGGCAAAUGCUACAUUUUGCUUGGAACUAUGAAUUAACCUAAAUGUACUGUAUUCUAUACAAUUUGUGUUAAGAUUACUCUCUAUUAAAAUUGAAGUGUGAUUUCACACAUACUUACAGGAAGGCAUCAGUGUCUUUCUAUUAAAUGAUGUCCUUUAAAUUUCA